AUGGGGAUGUUAGGAUGGUACGUUGUCAUAUGUCUGCUCGGAUUGCUUCAAUUUGCAACAAAGUACCGCAAGAAAUUCGGCUUCGGAUUCGUCACUAGCACGAACCUGUUUCUUUCGCAACAAAUACUGGAGGAGGUGCAGGCACGCUAUCAGAAUAGUCUGCAGGUUGAACUUGAAAUUGCAUCUCGAGAGGAAUUCACUCUUAUAGAAAGAGGUCUUACAAAACUUUGGGAACAUUUGGCUUGGGAAAAGACUCAAGAAGUUCCAGAAGAGACAGGCGAGAUAGUUCAAGAUUCAUUGCUCGAAGAAGACGUUGUGCCAGAUAGUUCUGAUGAGGUUGUCUCUAAAGGACACCAACCUUCCAUCAUAACCUUUGACCUCAAUAAAACUCCAGAGGAAAAUGAUAUCUGUUGACUCAACGCUUUAUUAUUAGUCUGACUUAUCUUAUGAAAUGUUGGGACUAAAUUGAACAAAGUGACUGUUUGUAUUUUUUCCUUUGGAUGUUGAAUUUGAUGAAGUAGCUAUGAAUUCGGAGGAGAUUAAUCUCAAAUUAGUAUAUAAUUCUUGAAU